GACCCUGAGGCUGCGCGCUGGGGCCCGAGCGGCCAGAGCAUCGGCGCCACCGCCGAGUGCACACCUCCGCCGCCGAGCUGAGCCGAGCUGAGCCGGGCUAGGUCGUCGGUCUGACGGCGCUGAGCACCCGCGGGCCUCAGCGGUAAGGAAGGCCGAUCGGCGCUUCAGGCAGCGCACGGGGCCGGCAGGGACGCGCCCCAGUCGAAUUCGGUGCCCUGGCGCGGCCCGGUCUCUUCCAAGAGCAGGAGCGUGGCGGACCCAGCAUCCUCAUCAGGGGGCAAGGGAGCCCUUUCUAGGCAGUGACAAAGGUGCCCUGGGGCCACGUGCCUCUGGCCAUUGUCUGGGUAGGUGUGUGCAAGCUGAGGAAGCAUGAGGACGCUGGAAGACUCCUCUGGAACAGUCCUGCACCGCCUCAUCCAGGAGCAGCUGCGCUAUGGCAAUCUGACUGAGACACGCACGCUGCUGGCCAUCCAGCAGCAGGCCCUGCGGGGUGGGGCUGGAGCUGGGGGCACAGGGAGCCCCCAAGCCUCCCUGGAGAUUUUGGCACCCGAGGACAGCCAGGUGCAGCAGGCCACAAGGCAGGAGCCCCAGGGCCAGGAGCACCAGGGCGGUGAGACCCACCUGGCAGAGAAUCCCCUCUACCGGCUGUGCCCACAGCCCAGCAAGGGUGAAGAGCUGCCCACCUAUGAGGAGGCGAAAGCCCAUUUGCAGUACUAUGCGGCCCAGCAGGCAGGGCCCCGGCCACAUGUUGGCGACCAAGAUCCCCGAGGGGGCCCUGGAGGCAAUCGGAGGCAAGAUGAGGCCCUGCGAGAGCUGAGGCAUGGCCAUGUGCGCUCCCUGAGCGAACGGCUCCUGCAGCUGUCCCUGGAGAGGAACGGUGCCCGGGCCCCUAGCCACAUGAGCUCCUCCCACAGCUUCCCACAGCUGGCCCGAAAUCAGCAGGGCCCCCCACCCAGAGGCCCCCAUGCCGAGGGCCCGGAGCCCCGUGGACCUCCACCUCAGUACCCACACAUUAUGCUAGCUCACGAGACCACCACGGCUGUCACCGACCCGCGGUACCGCGCCCGCGGCAGCCCACACCUCCAGCAUGCUGAAGUCAGGAUCCUGCAGGCCCAGGUGCCUCCUGUAUUCCUCCAGCAGCAGCAGUACCAGUACCUGCAGCAACCCCAGGAGCACCUUCCACCCCCACACCCAGCUGCUCUGGGCCACGGCCCACUAGGGUCCCUCAGUCCACUGGGGUGUAGGGGCCAGCAAGCACCCAGGGCCUCCUCGGGCCACCUCGGGCAUGCCCGAAUGGAGAAGCUGGAAAGCGAAGUCCAGCGGCUCUCUGAGGCCCACGAGAGCCUGACGAGAGCCUCUUCCAAGCGGGAGGCCCUGGAGAAGACCAUGCGGAAUAAGAUGGACAGUGAGAUGAGGAGGCUGCAGGACUUCAACCGGGAUCUUAGAGAGAGAUUGGAAUCUGCAAACCGCCGCCUGGCGAGCAAGACGCAGGAGGCCCAGGCCGGCAGUCAGGACAUGGUGGCCAAGCUGCUUGCUCAGAGCUAUGAGCAGCAGCAGGAGCAGGAGAAGCUGGAACGGGAGAUAGCACUGCUGCGUGGUGCCAUCGAGGACCAGCGGCGGCGCGCCGAGCUGCUGGAGCAGGCUCUGAGCAACGCCCAGGGCCGGGCGGCGCGAGCUGAGGAGGAGCUGCGCAAGAAGCAGGCCUAUGUGGAGAAGGUGGAGCGGCUGCAGCAGGCACUCGGGCAGCUGCAGGUUGCAUGUGAGAAGCGGGAGCAGCUGGAGCUACGUCUGCGCACGCGCCUGGAGCAGGAACUCAAGGCCCUGCGUGCCCAGCAGAGACAGGUCGGCACCCCCAGCGGUGGUGGCAGUGGUGGGUCCCCAGAACUGAGUGCCCUGCGACUAUCAGAGCAACUGCGGGAGAAGGAGGAGCAGAUCCUGGCACUGGAGGCUGACAUGACCAAGUGGGAGCAGAAGUAUUUGGAGGAAUGUGCCAUGAGGCAGUUUGCCAUGGACGCAGCCGCCACCGCCGCUGCCCAGCGCGACACCACUCUCAUCCGACACUCCCCCCAGCCCUCACCCAGCAGCAGCUUCAACGAGGGCCUCCUCGCCGGCGGCCACAGGCAUCAGGAGAUGGAAAGCAGGUUAAAGGUGCUCCACGCCCAGAUCCUGGAGAAGGAUGCGGUGAUCAAGGUCCUGCAGCAGCGCUCCAGGAAAGACCCCAGCAAGGCCCCCCAGGGCUCCCUGCGGCCCGCCAAGUCCGUGCCAUCUGUCUUCGCGGCUGCAGCAACAGCGACCCAGGGCUGGCAGGCGCUCCCCUCUAGUGAGCGGCAAAUGGAUGCCCCUGCCUGGUUGGCUGCAGCAGACAGGGCUCCUGUGGAGGAGCCAGUGGCCACAGCUCCCCUUCCUGCCCAUGCCAAACACGGGAGCAGAGAUGGCAGCACCCAGACUGACGGCCUCCCGGACAGCACCCCGGCCUGCCUGGGACUGGAGCCCGACAGCCUUCUGGGGUGCAGCAGUGGCCAGAGGACAGCCUCACUGGACUCUGUUGCUGCAUCGAGAGUCCAGGACUUGUCAGACAUGGUGGAGAUACUGAUCUGAAGGAGUGGGUGCCGCAGGGGCUCGGAACCGUUCCCUGCUCUCCUCUGCCAUUCGCGGCCAUUCCAGCAGCCCCUCCAACUGCUGCUCCCCCACUUCCCCCAGCCGGGCACUCAUUCCCAUUGGCCAUCUGGUCCCAGGAGCUUAGGAAGGAUGCUACGGGGAGAGAGGGAUGUACCUGUGCCCCAGAAGACCCUGCUUCUUAGCCCCACGUUCUUCCCAGGCUCAUGCAGAAUGAAGAUUCAGCCUUUACCUGCUGCCCAAGCCUUGCUGCUGGGGUAUCGACUGAAGAGAGCUGGGACCCUGUGCCUCCCCAGUUGACAGGGAGGAAGGGAGGGGGUAUAUUGGUUUAGGGGCUGACUUCCAAGGAUGGCUGCCCAUGGACAGUAGGUAGGCUGGUUCGGUAAUGGAGUUGGCCAUGGUGUUCCCCUCUGGCUAAGUGUGGUCCCAGCCAACCUCAUCUGCUCCUCAGCUACUCACUGCCUCCUUGGGACCACUAAGACUUGCUCCUGUGGGGGACCGUUUGAAGGUGUUAGUCCUGCAGAAGCCACGGCAUCACCCCCUCACUGGCAGUGGGCAGGGGCUGAUUAGUGGACUGGGAUCUGCUGGGCAGUUUGUACAUAACUCCCUUGCUUGUGGAACAGAAGAUUGAAGCGUGCUGCUUCGGACUUGUCCCUCCUUCCGUGCUCUCAUCCCUGCUGCCACGGUUCCUGGAACUUCUGACCAGCCUCCCAGUUAGUUCUCAAGUUCUUGGCCCGUGGAUUUUGAUACCGGUUGAUCCACGGAAUAUUUCGCUCUUUUCCUCCCAUCUUGAGCCGUCCUAAUUACCCAUGGGACCCUCGCCAUCACCAGCCUCGUGCAAUGGCUCCACAGCUCCUGUCCCUGGGACAUCCUGUCGGUCUGGUUAUGACCCUGAGCCAGAUGAAGUGAGCCACCGCACGCAGACAUCUGCCACGGUGGGCUUCCUUGCACCCAGUUCUCGAAGAGUCUUUGUUCCCACCUGGAAGGAUUGAGCGAGGGAGCGGUGCUGGUGAAAACUAGUCAAUGAGCUACAAGAUGUGACUCAGUUCUUUGAAGGGGGGCCCCCAUCACAGAAUGGCACCUGUGAGGCUGGCUCCUCCAGCUACCCGUGCCUGGCGCCCGGAAGCAGGGCCAGUGCUUGGAAUUAGAACGAAGCAUCCGUGUGGCAGCUGCCGGCAGCACUGACUUUGACCUCUGUCCACCCCUCUGCCCCAGCUCAGCCCCUGGAGCGAUUGGUGGGCUUGAGCAGUUUGUCUUGACUGUUUUUAGUUCUCCUUGAAUCUUUGUUUUUUCCUUUCCUGUUUUUAAGUUCUGUAUGUGUUAUUUUAUUCCCAUGGUUCCUUUUUGAACAUUUGCAUUUGCUGGACAAUUGCAUAUUUUUUUAAGACCCCCUUGUCCUCUUAUAGCUGAAAAAUACAUUUGGUUCAUGUGCAUUGUUUACAAAGCAAAAAGAAGAAAAAAAGGAGGAAAAAAAGGUAAAAAAAGUAUUGUGAAAGGAAAAAAAACACACAACUUAAUAUAUUUUGGAUUAAUAUUUGGUAUUUCUUUUAAAGUAUUUUUUUGUGCUGUGAACAUUUUCUGCCAAAGACCAUGAUGUGUGUCUGUAUGUUUAAGUUAUCGUAAAUAUUUAAAAUGUAAACAUGGCUGUUUUGUUAUGCCACCCUGUACCAGGAUUGCUGCUGCAUUCCACUGGGUAUUACAGUAUUUUAAUAAAAAAUAAGAAUUAAAA